GUCAAAGACCCGCCAAGUUGGCUCACGAAGAGAGCAGUAUUUUGCAAAUGUCGGCUUGAAGGUGAAUGCAAAGAUGGGGGGCAUCAAUAGUCUUCUGGAGGCAGGGGCAAUGAAAAAGUAUACAGAGACGCCAACAAUCCUAAUCGGAAUGGAUGUGUCACAUGGCUCAGCCAUGGAGAGAGACAGCUUUUCUAUCGCGGCGCGUCCCUCAUGUGGUGACUAUGAUGAUGAUGAUCCUGAUGAUGAUGAUGAUGAUCCUGAUGAUGAUGAUGAUACUACUGAUGAUGAUGCUGAUGGAGAUACAAAAUUGUAUUAACUGUAGUAAGCUAUGCUAUAUCAACACUUCUGGUCUCCUAAUCCUAGAGCAACUUCUAG